AUGCCAACUGCCGUUAAACACCAAAGAAGAAGAAGAAGACGACGAAGUGCGGAGGUUCUAAUGGCAGCACAGGGAGAAGAGAACAGCACACAAAUGCAAAAUGAGUUCUUUUCCACAGAUUCUCUCUCACAAGGUGAGCCCAGAGUGUUAGGACUGGCUAUGAUCCCUGGCCAUCAUGUGGUGUCUAUAGAAGUGGAGACCGAAAGCCUUCAGACAACCACCCAUGGACUCUGACAACUUCAGAGACAUUUGGGGUCACCAUGUGAACAGAGAAAAUGCCACGAACAUUUGUGUCUGCAACAACAGAGAUGGCAGGGAAGAUUUGCUAUUGUUAAUGUCGGGUUGGCCCUCUAUUGAAGCAAAAGUAUUGAUAUGACUGUACCAUUUUGCUUCUGAGUUUGCUUGUUUGAAUCAAAAGUAUGGAUGAUAUGACUGUGCCAUUUUGCUUCUGAAUUUGCUUGGCUGUGACCAGUUCACAUUGUCUGUAGAAUUACUGACACUUACGAUUCAAUAAGAGACAGAUGAAGUACGA